CGGAGGAACCGGAAGUGCGGCGCAGAGAUGGCGAAGCGCCGAAUGAAUUAUGUGAGAACCAAACAGUCCGCGUCGCUGUUCCAGCUCCUUACUUUGAGAUUGUUUGUCGACAUUUAGCACUUACACCCUCUGCUUGUUCAUUUGGGCCUGUUCAGGAGAGGAUGAGUGCUGAAGCAGCAGACCGGGUGGCUGCUGUGACCAGCAGUCGGCCCGGCACGCCUCUCCAGACGUCCUGGUUUGAGUUCCUCCUGGAUGGCAGUCUGCUGGAGCAUCACCUGCAGAAGUCGAACCCAGACCCGUUACCGGUGCAGCUGAUCAUCCAGUUCCUGGAGCAGGCGUCCAAGCCCUCGGUGAACGAGCAGAACCAAGUGCAGCCUCCGGCAGACAACCGCAGGAAUCGCACGCUGAAGCUGCUGGCUCUGAAAGUAGCCGCCCACAUGAAGUGGGAUCUGGAAGUACUCGAGAAAGGUUUGACCAUUCCAGUGUUGAAUAUGUUGCUGAACGAGCUCCUGUGUGUGAGCAAAGUGCCACCGGGGGUAAAACAUGUGGACCUGGACCUCUCCACUCUGCCUCCCACCACCGCCAUGGCUGUCAUCAUCUACAACCGCUGGGCCAUCAGAACCAUUGUGUUGAGCAGCUUUCCAGAGAAACAGACCAAACCUGGACCUCAUCAGAUGAACAUGUUGAGUAUUGUGCAGCAGGAGAAAGAAAUGACCGAAAACAUCCUCACUGUGCUGAAAGAGCAGGCGACCGACUCGAUCAGCGUCCUGGAGGGAGCUCUGCGGCUGAAGAAAGACUUCUACGUUCACACCCUGCGGACUCUGGACCUGUUGGCCGCUGACGCUGCCGCCAACGGUGAGACGGAGUCCUCGACCGCCGGGCUUUGCAUCAGCGCCGAUGAGCUGCACUGUCAGGUGCAUUACGAUCUUGGAGGUAUUUUCUUCCAGCAAGGCUGCACAGACCAACCAGCCUUUGAGAAAGCCAGGGAUCACUUCAGACAGACAAAGGAACUGUUAAAGAAGCUGGACUUGACUGUUCAUGUUCACCUGGAUGAGAAGCGUCUGGCGGGCUACUGGAACGCCUGCAAGGCUUUGACUGGAGACUGCGACCCCUCCGACUCCCACACCUCCCCCUACGAUCAGAUCAACAGCCUGAUCAGGGCGCACAACUACCAGGCCGUCAUUGAAGCCUUCAUCAGAGACAACGUGACGCGCAGUUUGCCAAACCACUUCAGACGCUCUGUUCUCCGGGAGUUCCUGUACAACGUCCAACAAGGGGAGACUGGACUCGAUGAAGUUUGCCACAAGCUUUGUGUGUGCAAUGCUGUCCGAGACGCUCUGGAGGGAGAAGUCCUCGGGGUGCGUUUCCAGCAGCUGCUCCUCAAGCCCAGCAAGAGAAUGGUGGACUUCAUUUUAGAGGUUUGCACACGUUCGCUGGAGAAGGACCGACCGUCCGAGACGUCCAGAAGAAACAUGGCUGGUUUCAUGAAGACUCUGUGCGAAAGCUUGGAGGAGCUGCCUCUGGUGUUCGUGGUGUCGUCCCACAAGCUCUUCAUGGAGCUGCUGCGUGAGGACGAGAGGAAGGUCCUCGUGGAGCAGAUGAGGAAGAGGUCGGCCACCAUCAAUCUCAGCGCCAAACCCCUGCCGUCCUUCUACGACAUCCCAGCUUCGGCCAGCGUGAGCAUCGGGCAGCUGGAGCAGCAGCUCAUCCUCUGUCUGGAGCCGCGCAGGAUUCGGCAAAUUCUCAUCGAACUCCACGGCAUCGCUGAACGACCCUUCUGGAGGGUCAACAGCAAGUGGGAGGUUCCUCCAGACUACAUCAACGUGAUCCUCUGUAUUAAAGACAACCUGACCAAGGACCUCUUGUACAUCCUAAUGGCCAAAGGACUCCACUGCAUCUCAAUAAAGGAUUUCGCCCAUGCGCGGCAGCUCUUCUCCGCCUGCCUGGAGCUGGUCACCGAGUUCUCCCCGAAGCUAAGGCAGGUGAUGCUGAACGAGAUGCUGCUGCUGGAGGUGAGAGCGCACGAGUCGCUGGCGGCCGAGGGCAGCAAGGAGCGACCGCCGCCUGACCUGGUCAGUAGGGUCAGAGGUUACCUGGAGAUGAGGAUUCACGAUCUGCCUCUGCGUCAGGUAGUGGGCGAGGAGUGCGUCGCCUUCAUGUUGAACUGGAGGGAGAACGACUACCUGACCCUGCAGGUGCCACCGUCUCUGGUCAUGAACAACCCGUACAUCAAGCUCGGCCAGCUCCUGGCAUCCACGUGUAAAGAGCUCCCAGGUCCCAAAGAGAGUCGACGCACGGCCAAGGAGCUGUGGGACGUGGUAGUUCAGAUCUGCAGUGUGUCCGUCCAGCACAAGAGGAACAGUGACGGCCGAGUGGGCCUCAUCAAACAGAGGGAGUCGUCCAUGGGCAUCUUGCACAGGAGCAAAUUCAUCACUUUCAUCAAGAAGCUUCGAGAGCCGCUGGUUCUCACAACCCUCAUUUCACUGUUCGUGAGGCUCCACAGCAUCGUACGGGACGACAUUGUGAACGAAGUGACAGCAGAACACCUCUCCAUCUGGCCGUCCUCUCUUCCAAACAUCCAGGCCGUGGACGUGGAGGCGGUGGCGGUGACGGUCAAAGAGCUGGUGUCCUACGCUCUCACCCUGAACCACAACAACCAGUCGUGGCUCAUCACGCAGGCCGACAUCUACUUCGUGACCAAUCAAUACUCUGCCGCGCUGAACAUCUACCUCCAGACCGGAGCCGUGUGCUCCGACUUCUUCACCAAAGCUGUGCCCCCGGACGUCUACACGGACCAGGUUCUGAAGAGGAUGAUCAAGUGCUGCUCCAUGAUGAACUGUCACACACAGGUUGCCGUCCUGUGCCAGUUUCUGAGAGAGGUUGACUACAUGACAGCGUUCAAAGCUCUCCAAGAACAGAACAGUCACGACGCCAUGGACUCAUUCUACGACUACAUCUGGGACGUCACCAUCCUGGAAUAUCUCACGCAUAUUCACCACAAGCGAGGCGAGGCGGAGAAGAGACAAAUAGCGAUAAAAGCGAUCGGCCAGACAGAGCUGAACACCAGUAACCCGGAGGAAGUGCUGCAGCUUGCUGCUCAGAAGAGGAAGAAGAGAUUCCUGCAAGCGAUGGCUAAACUGUACUUCUAGUAGACCACGGUGUGAACCAGGGUAAAAGGGAGGGAGGGAUAGAAUGUGUAUUUUUUAUUUUGUGGUAGAAAAUAAAUACAGUUCAUUUUGUACACUUUAAAAUGAAUUAUUUAAAAAAAAAAAAAGAGUUUCUGACUAUCUAAUGCCCUGAGUUAUACAAAGCAUGGUCAAAAAUAACUAUCUAGAACUCAACUGGUUCUAAACAGAAUCGCACAUUUAAAAACAGACCCUGAAGUUUUCUUUUUAUAAAAGAUUUUACCUUUUGGCUAUGAACAUAUUUAAUAUGCUACAAAACAACAAUUUCAACAAUUGCACAUUCAGUAUUAAAAUCUCAUCAUCUAGAAAUGACACAACUUGCAGCAAACAACCCCUUUUUUAAAAAACCUGUUCCUGAAUCAAAACAGCAAAAAGACCAGAAAAAAAAGCUUUGACCAAGAUUCUGUCGCAUGUCGUCCUGGAUAAAGUUCACUGACAGAUUUCAUCAUCCUCUGUAUUCUGUUAAGUUUUUUUUUUUGAUAAUCACUUGCUACGUUAGGAGACAUAUGCAGGAAACGAGACUCUUGUGUUUGUUUGUUGGACAUUAAACCUGCAUCCUCUUUGUUUAAACUCA